AUGAACGACUCAAACAGAACAACAAAGGAAAGUUUACCUACCAGCGACACAUUGGCUAUUGUUCAAGUAACAUUCUACACUGCUAUAACAAUCUUUGGAACAACUGCAAAUUUAGCUUUGUGUGGCACUAUGAUAAGGAAAAAACAGCCACGGAAUGCUAGCGAGUAUCUGAUCCUUAAUCUCGCCUUUACUGACCUUAUGACCUGUGCAGUUGGAAUCCCCCUGGAUGUUGCUGUGAUUUUAUCUCAACGCUGGCCUUUCGGCGCUCUCAUGUGCAAAGUUGUGUGGCCUUUCCAAACUGUUCUUAUUGCAGUGUCUGUGGGAACUCUAACGUGUAUGGCUAUUGAGCGAUACAGAGCUAUUUUGACUCCUUUCAAAAAAAUGCUUUCUCAAAACGUUGUGAAGAUUGUUAUUUGUGCGGUUUGGUGUUUAUCUGUUGCUCUUGUAGCACCUUACAUUGUUAUACUCGAACAUAAAGAUGGUGUGUGUCGUGAAUCGUGGCAUAACGAGUACCAUCCAAAGAUGUUUACCGUUGGCGUGUUCUUGCUUUUCUACGCAACCCCUCUAGGCGUGAUUGGUCCUGCUUAUGCGUGUAUUGGACGCAGACUACAUUCGGACGAUAGAAAGAUGAGAAAAUUUAGCCAACAACAAGGUCCUGGCAAUAGACAGUUUCAGGCACUAGUGAGAAAGCGAUCCAGAAGCAACGUUGUGAUCGUGAAAACAUUUUUAUUUGGCGCCGUGGCAUUUGCGAUCUGUUUACUCCCUUACCACGUUAUGUGGCUGUGGCAUGACUUUGGGCAAGGAGGUCGAUGGACACAUUUUGAAGACACUUUGGUGUUUGCAAAUGCAUUAGUGUACUUUAACAGUCUUGUCAAUCCGUUUAUAUUUGGGGGAACAGUGGCUUUUAAUUGGCGAAAAAGCUGUACCGCCAUGUUUGCUAAAAUCAUGAUUCGCUGGAGCCAGAAUUCAUCACAGAGCACACACUAUAUUAUAACUCGCAAGCAAAAUGACGCCAAAAUUCUAUUGCAGCAACAAUCCGCGCGAUCAUCGAGCUUUGUCCAAUAUAGUUCAUCUGUUUGA